AAGUGGAGAAAAGUUUUCGGACCCCCUCCCCUGUAUGUUUUUGUUGGGGGAAAAAGUUGUUGGUAGUGAACGAUAGGUCGUGUGAAUGUAGCGGGUCCGUCGUUUCUUUCGCCCCUCGGUAACAAUGCGGGGCAGUGCGAGUGUUUUACUGUUUUAAGAGUCGGUAGAGAGAGAGAGAGAGAGAGCAGGCUUUACGCGUUCACGUCCUCUGGCUCGGACCGAAAAAAUCUCAGUGGCCAUCAUCGUUUCACCUCUGAGCCGAGUCUCGUUAGCCACCUAGCCUAGCCGCGAGCUAACUACCCAACCAGCCUAACGCCACCUCGCCGCGUAUAGUGCGCUUCUUGUGGGGAGGGGGGGACUUCCAGCUUUGGGAGAAAAGCAGACCGCAGAGAUGGCGGAAACCAAAAUAAUUUACCACAUCGACGAAGAGGAGACGCCGUAUUUGGUGAAGAUACCCAUCGCUGCGGAAAAUAUCACUUUGCUGGAUUUUAAACAGGUCUUGAACAAGCCGAACUACAAAUUCUUCUUCAAGUCUAUGGACCAGGACUUCGGGGUGGUGAAGGAAGAGAUUUCCGACGACAGCGCCAAGCUGCCAUGUUUCAACGGCCGAGUGGUUUCAUGGUUGGUAUCUUCGGACACGCCGACAGCGGAGCCUCCGGUGGCGGCGGUUCCUCCCGUGGAAACGACGACCCAGCCUUCGCCCCCUCCUCCGCCCCUCCCACCCCCACCCGCGGAGAGGACCGGGGGCAUCGGGGAUUCCAGGCCGCCGUCCUUCCACCCCAACGCGACGGGCAGUGUGGAGACCUUGGACGACCAGACUGAAACGGAGUCUGUAGUUUCCUUCAGGAGGGAGCGACCUCGGCACAGAGAGAGCAUGGAGCCUCACGGGCCGCGCAUGAACGGCCAGACUCGACUGGAGCGCCACCUGGCGGGAUACGAGAGCUCCAGCACGGUGAUGAGCAGCGAGCUGGAAACCACCAGCUUCUGUGACUCCGAGGAUGACGACACCAUGAGCAGGUUCAGCAGUGCAACAGAGCAGAGCACCGCCUCCAGGCUCCUUAAACGCCACCGCAGACGCAGGAAACAGCGCCCCCCACGUCUGGAGAGGGCCUCCUCCUUCAGCAGUGUGACAGACUCCACGAUGUCCUUGAACAUCAUCACCGUCACUCUCAACAUGGAGAAGUACAAUUUCUUGGGCAUCAGCAUCGUGGGCCAGAGCAAUGAAAGGGGGGACGGAGGCAUCUACAUCGGCUCCAUCAUGAAGGGAGGAGCUGUGGCUGCAGAUGGACGCAUCGAACCGGGAGACAUGCUGCUGCAGGUGAAUGACAUCAACUUUGAGAACAUGAGUAACGACGAUGCAGUGCGGGUGCUGAGGGAGAUCGUACACAAGCCAGGGCCCAUCAUCCUGACGGUGGCUAAGUGCUGGGACCCGUCUCCUCAGGGCUACUUCACUCUGCCUCGCAACGAGCCGAUCCGACCCAUUGACCCGGCAGCGUGGGUGAGCCACUCCGUGGCUAUGACCGGGGUCUACCCCCCCUUCCCGGGCAGCUCGUCUCUCAGCACCAUCACCUCCUCCUCCUCCGUCACCGAGACCGAACGUUUCGAUGACUUCAACUUAUCCCUGCACUCUGACAUGGCAUCUGUUGCCAAGGCCAUGGCCUCGCCAGAGUCCGGUCUGGAGGUCAGGGACCGCAUGUGGCUUAAGAUCACCAUCCCCAACGCUUUCCUCGGCUCGGACGUAGUGGAGUGGCUCUUCCACCACAUCGAGGGGUUCCAGGACCGCCGGGAAGCCAGGAAGUACGCCAGCAACCUGCUGAAGGCCGGCUUCAUCCGACACACCGUCAACAAGAUCACCUUCUCCGAACAGUGUUACUACGUCUUCGGAGAUUUAAGCGACUGUGAGAACUACAUGGCCAACCUUUCCCUGAACGACAACGACGGCUCCAGUGGGGCCUCGGACCAGGACACGUUGGCCCCCCUGCCUCUCCCGGGGGCCUCCCCGUGGCCCAUGAUGCACACCUUCCCUUAUCAGCCCUACCCGACGCAUGCCUUCUCCAGCCAGCCGCCUCCGUACCACGAGCUCACCAGCUACAGCUACGCCCCCGGCAGCACCGGCAGCCAGCACAGUGAAGGGAGCCGGAGCAGCGGCUCGACGAGAAGCGAGGGCGAGCGACGUCGCAGCACUAAAGGCCCGGGCAGCACCGUGGGCGGAGGGGAGAAAUCCCCCUCAGGCGCGGGCGUAGAAGGCGGCGGCGGGGCCGACUCACGCUCCGGUAGCGGCAGUGAAUCCGAGUACUCCACCCGCAGCAGCCUGAGGCGCGGCCACAGCUCGGCCGCGCCUAGCGAGCACAGCCACGCCUCCUCCCAACGCUCGCAUCAUCACCGCAUCCCCCAGCAGCCCCACAUGUCUCCCUACCCGCCGGGCAUCCUUCCUUACAACCCCAUGAUGGUGAUGAUGGUGCCCCAGCACGCGCACCAGGCCAUGGCGGCCGCGCACGCUCUUCCUCACACGCAGCAGAUGGCCACGGCCCCCAUGCACCCGACUCUACUCGCGCUCCCCUCCUCCACCCCAGGGGGGCCCCCCGGCGCCCCGCCCACUCGAGACCUGGGCGCCGUGCCCCCCGAGCUGACUGCCUCUCGCCAGUCGUUCCACCUGGCCAUGGGGAACCCCAGCGAGUUCUUCGUGGAUGUCAUGUAGUUGUAGUUGUUUUUUCUGUCUCGGUGGUGUUGAGUGACCAUUCAUGUGAAGGUAGUGUACGGUUCACACUUGUUUUGACGCGGAUCUGGUGGUUAGACUUUUGAGCUUACAAGUGCCUAUUGGAUUAAGGGCACUUGUUACAAAUUUGGUGAGAACAGGGUUUAACACUGACAAAUAAUUGGGGUAUUGUCUGACUAUCUCAACACAUUUUCUCUUAUUAAAAUCCACUACAUCACGGUUAUUUUUCCAAAACCUAAAUCCAGAAAGACCAGUUCUACUUUCUUACCUCAGUGGUGAGCUAGUUUUUCCUCAAAAAACAAACUUUCAGUGCAACAUUUUAAAUUGCCCAUCAGAGCUGCUCAGCACCCUGGCUUUUUUCAAAACCGAAAUCCAAUAUUUUAGGAAGGGAAGCACCUUCAACAAACCAGCUAUGAAUGUCAGAGCUGUCUAUCCAGGAAGCGCAUGGACCACCGUUUAACACUAGAGGGCGCCAGAUACACCGCGUACUUGAAAAGGAUGCAAUCCUGUAUACAACAUCUGGUUCAUCAUGCCAGAUCGGUUGGCAGCACGGGACUAUAUUGAGUGCCUUACUCAUUUUUUUUUUUUUUUUUUUUUUUUUUUUUUUUAGAGACAUUUUCACACUCCAGGUACAUGAAAUAACUCCUUUUUGUUCCAGCAUUGUUUGACAAUGAUCUUCUCUGUAUAUAUCUCCUAUGUAAAUGCAAACAAUACAGAACAGCGAGCUCUAAUGUGAAAAGAAAAUAGGUCCAAAAAAUGUCAGGUGAACUUGUGUUUAGUAAUCACUGUCUAGGCCGAGUCGUCGGUACUAAUACGUGCAUACAAAAACGCAGAGUGGUACUUCUUGAUUACAUUCAGUGUAUAUCUUAAGUAACUGUGAUCCAAAUGCCCCCAUGCUUAUUUUCAUGUAACUGACUUGCCUUAUUCACCCAUUUCAUUUUUUUUUUUUUGUAUGACUAUAUAAAUCAUGUAUAACCGAACUAUUAAGGUGCUAAAUGAAGAUUCAACAUUUCAAAAAAAAGUGAUUGACGGUGUCAUUGUUUGAUUUCAUAUCGCCACCUUUUGUUUGUGUACUUGAGAAUAAAUUUGAUACUUACAUGCUG